GUGCAAUUGACAAAUAGACCAAAAGGUCCACCCAAAAGUGCAAACUAGAACGUGGCUUUAUUGCAAAAAAGUCCUCUAAUUUACUAACAUUUCCCUAUUCCCACCAUCAGUCAACCACCAGCUCAACUUCAACUCCUCUGCUAAAACUCGGCCCUCCCCAAACCCGACGACGCCCCCCUCCCUCCAGAAAACCCAGAACCCUAACCCUAACCUGAUGGCUCGGCGGACCCUCCCGAUCCUCAAAAACCUCACCCACCGCUCCACGCCCGGACCCUUCCUUCCCAAACCCGACCCGAACACAAGAUCCGUCACCUACAUGCCCCGACCCGGCGACGGAGCCCCGCGGCCCGUCACCCUGAUCCCUGGCGACGGCAUAGGCCCACUCGUCACCAACGCCGUCGAGCAAGUCAUGGAGGCGAUGCACGCUCCGGUUUACUUUGAGCGGUACGACGUCCACGGCGAUCUGAAGCGGGUGCCUCCGGAGGUGAUCGAGUCGAUCCGGAAGAACAAGGUCUGCCUGAAAGGCGGCUUGAAGACUCCAGUCGGCGGGGGUGUGAGCUCGCUCAACGUCCAGCUGAGGAAAGAGCUCGACUUGUACGCUUCCUUGGUCAACUGCUUCAACCUCCCCGGUCUCCCCACCCGCCACGAGAACGUGGACAUUGUCGUAAUUAGAGAGAACACCGAAGGCGAAUACUCGGGGCUCGAGCACGAGGUCGUCCCCGGCGUCGUUGAGAGCCUCAAGGUGAUCACGAAGUUUUGCUCAGAGCGAAUUGCCAAGUAUGCGUUUGAGUAUGCGUAUCUGAACAACAGAAAGAAGGUGACUGCUGUGCACAAAGCCAACAUUAUGAAGCUGGCAGAUGGGUUGUUCUUAGAGUCUUGUAGAGAGAUUGCUACCAAGUACCCAAGUAUCAAGUACAAUGAGAUUAUUGUGGACAAUUGCUGCAUGCAACUUGUUUCGAAGCCCGAGCAAUUUGACGUUAUGGUCACUCCUAAUCUUUAUGGAAACCUAGUGGCAAAUACGGCAGCUGGUAUUGCUGGAGGCACUGGGGUCAUGCCAGGAGGUAGACAUCAUUAUUAAUUAGUAUAAUUUAUG